AUGUCGAACGAUGACACUAUCCCGAUAACGAUAGAGUUCAGCGGAGGGCUCGAGAUCCUGUUCGCCAACCAGAAAAAGUAUGACCUCGCCUUACCCGCCAGAGACGAAUCUGGAGAGCCGGCAAACGUGGCAUUUCUCGUAAGACAUCUUUGCGACAAAGUCAUGAAGGAUCCGCGUAAGGAACUCUUCGUCCUUGACGAUACGGUGCGACCUGGAAUACUGGUUCUCAUCAAUGAAGCAGACUGGGAGUUGGAGGGUGAAGACAAGUACGAGGUCCAAAAUGGUGAUCACAUCAUGUUCGUGUCUACGCUUCACGGAGGAUAG